AUGUCGGGGGCCGGCGCAGCUGGAGCUGGCGCAGCAGCAGCGCCAGCAGCAGCAGCAGCAACAGCAGCAGCAGCAGCAGCAGCAGCAGCAGCACCAAUCGACACAGACCUCUACAGCCGCCAAAUUGGCACUCUUGGAAUGGACACAAUGAAGAAACUUGUGCAGCUAAAAGUGCUCGUUUCCGGGCUGAACGGCGUGGGCGCGGAAUGCGGUUAG